AUGAGCGGGCGCAUGAGGGGAAACCGAAUCUCAACAUUUGGUCGGACCUUGUUCAACGGCAGCGAAGAUAUCUCGAGUAUCAAGAGUGCCUAUGUGAUACAACAAGACAUCCUACUCCCGACGUUGACCGUUCAAGAGACCCUGACAUACGCUGCGCAACUCCGGCUCCCGCCCUCGGUUACUCAAGCUGAAAGGAAGCAACUAGUCGAAGAAGUCAUUGCAGAGUUGAGCUUGAAGGAGGCGGCAGAAACCCGGAUAGGGAACCAUGCGCACAAAGGCUGUAGUGGUGGUGAGAAGAGACGGACGAGCCUGGGUGUGCAGCUUUUGUCAAAUCCAAGCUUGCUAUGGCUGGACGAGCCUACCACUGGUCUUGAUUCCGCAAGCGCCUAUCAAGUUGUCAAGACGCUGCAAGAUCUCGCUCGAAAGGGCAGGACAAUCAUCGUGACAAUCCAUCAGCCACGGUCUGAGAUAUGGAGUCUGUUCGAUAAUGUGAUCCUACUCACAAGAGGCAGUCCAGCGUAUGCAGGCAGCGCAAAGGGCUGUCUCGAAUACUUCGCAAAGCUUGGCCAUGAGAUGCCACCUUUCACAAAUCCCGCGGAACAUCUCAUCGAUGUGGUCAGUGUCGAUAACAGGAGCGGAGAAGCCGAGACUGUUACUGAAGGAAGAGUCCGAGAUAUCAAAGCAGCUUGGAGACAACAUUGCGAUAAGACGCUUAGCGAGAAGAGUGAUCAAAAUUAUGUUGCUGCUCCUGUCGACCCCAAGUCGAAGUCAUUGACACCACGACAUUCCGACAUGCUUCCACAGAUCCGAGUGCUCACUGCGCGAACUUGGGUCGUAACGAUACGAGAUCCGAUGGGCAUGUUCGGCAGUCUUCUGGAGGCCAUCAGCAUGGCGAUCAUCACAGGUUGGAUCUUUCUGCAUGUCGAUGGAUCGCUGUCUGGUAUUCGUUCUCGACAGGGUGCAUUAUACAAUGCAGCCGCGCUCCAAGGCUAUCUUAUCCUACUCUUCGAGACGUACCGACUUACGGACGACAUACAGCUUUUCGACGAAGAAGCGCGGCAGGGUGUGGUCAGCAUCCCUGCCUUUCUCGUCUCAAGACGACUUGCUCGCUUCUUUAUAGAAGAUCUUCCUGUACCGCUGAUCUUCUCAGUGAUUUAUUACUUCAUGGUCGGCUUUCGUUCUGACGGCGGUGAGUUCCUUACGUUCUUCAGCGUCAUUCUCCUGGAACACUACAUCGCUGUGUGCUUCGCAAUGGUCUGUGUAGCCGUCUCGAGGAACUUUGCAGGGGCCAGUCUUGUGGCCAAUCUUGCAUAUACCUUGCAAUCCAUGGCAUGCGGGUACUUUAUCCAGUCAAACACCAUUCCCAUCUACGUACGAUGGACCAAGUGGACGGCCUACGUGUUCUACGCUUUUGGAGCUCUAUGCGCCAACGAGUUCACAGGCAGUUUCUACGACUGUCCUGUUGGUGGACGUACGGACGAAGUGUGCAAAGAGUACACCGGCGAGUUCAUCAUGGAUUCACUUGGCUUUCCGGACGACUGGGUAUGGCGACCGAUCCUUGCUCUGACUGGAUAUGUAUUCGCCUUUUACGCUGGAGCAGCCGUGCUUCUGAAGUACUGGAACGCAGAGAUCACCAUGGCUCGCGCUCGGCCAUCCAACAUGGACGCAUCUGCAGGCAAAGAAAAGAUGAGCGAGCAGCCACCUGAUGAAGUGAGAACGAUCAAUAUCCGCCUCAAAGGCUUUGGUUUGGACAUCGAGAAACGAACCUUGCGAACCCAGACUACCAAAUCCAUCCUCAAACCGCUCACUGCAGAGUUCCAACCAGGUUCGUUGAACGUCAUAAUGGGCCCAUCUGGCUCAGGAAAGACGUCGUUACUCAACAGCAUGGCUGACAGGCUAAAAGACGACUUCUUGACACGAUACAAGACGUUCGGUACCAUGACCUUCAACGGCCUUGCGCCAUCCAAAGACGUUGUGCACUCAAUUUGCUCGUUCGUCACUCAAGAUGAUGAUGCUCUGCUAGCUUCCCUUACUGUCCGUGAGACACUUCGCUACGCCGCAGGCCUUCGCCUUCCAAAGUGGAUGUCCAAGCAGCAGAAAGUCCAAAAGGCUGAAGAGAUACUCCUCAAGAUGGGUCUCAAAGAUUGCGCAGAUAACUUGAUCGGCAACGAUCUCAUCAAAGGAAUUAGUGGCGGUGAGAAGCGCAGAGUGACCAUCGCUGUACAGAUCCUCACGGAACCACGUGUCCUGCUCCUCGACGAGCCACUCUCGGGUCUCGAUGCAUUUACCGCACUUUCAAUCAUGGACGUCCUCCUUGGUCUUGCGCACGAAGGCCGCACACUCAUCGUCACCAUCCACCAACCCCGCUCAGACAUUUUCGCCCACUUUGGCAAUAUCAUGCUCCUCACUCGGGGAGGCCACCCCGUAUUCGCAGGACCUGCGACCCAGAUGCUCUCACACUUUGCCGCUCAAGGCUACGACUGCCCUCGACAUGUAAAUCCCGCAGACUUUGCACUGGAUCUCAUUACUGUAGACCUGCAACACCAAGCGCGAGAAGAAGCCAGCAGAGAGAAGGUCCGCAAGCUCAUUGAAGCCUGGCAUCCUGACCUCUUUCCAGCUACAAGGACGGGCUCAAUUGCUACGCCUGCCGAAUUGGGUAGCCUAGCGCGCGAACCUGCAAGCUUCGCAGCAGCCUACUCGAUACUCAUUCGUCGUGCGACAAAGAACUUCUUCCGCAUGCCCGAUCUGAUCGUUGCCCGUAUAAUGCAGGUUGUCGGUCUAGGUAUAGUUCUAGCACUCUUCUUCGCGCCUUUGAAGAACGACUACUUCUCUAUCCAGAACCGCGUGGGUUUCCUAGUAGAAAUCGCACCGCUGUACUUCGUGGGAAUGCUGAACAACAUCGCCACCUACCCAGUAGAGCGCGAUGUGUUCUACCGAGACUACGAUGAUCGCAUUUAUGGUGUAGAGGCCUUCUUCCUGACCUACAUCUCCAUCACCACGCCCUUCGAGCUCAUCUCCUGCUUUGUGUUCGCAGUCCUCGCCGUUCUAGCGGUCGGCUUGGAACGCAACGCCAGCACGUACUUCAUCAUAACGUACAACGCGUUCUGCAUCACGAGCUGUGGCGAGAGUCUCGGAAUUGCGUUCAAUACAUUGUUCUCGCAUACUGGGUUCAGUGUCAACAUCAUGAGUGUGUUCCUGAGUGUUGCGCAGGUCAUGGGUGGCGUCCUCUCCCUCUCCAUUCCCUCGUUCCUGCAAGCCUUCAACCACCUCUCUCCCGUGAAGUGGGCAAUUGGCAACAUGGCACCCUACACCCUCCGCAACGAGAAGUUCACGUGCGAGGGCUGGCAGAAGAUCAGUGGGCAGUGUCCCAUUACCACGGGUCAGCAAGUACUGGAGCUGUAUAAGCUGGAUAAGGACCCAGAGAUGUAUAUCAUGGCACUGGGAAUUUGCGCAAUCGUGUACCGGUUUCUAGCAUAUGUGGUGCUGAAGUGUGUCAAGGAGAGGUGGGUUGGGAGGCUGUGGAGGAAGGCGAGAGGUGGUAAGAAGAGCACACCCGCCGCUUAG